CCUGCCAAUCCCGCCACGUUCUUGCGGCCCAGCCAUCCAUCCAAUCCUCCCUCCCCCCCCCCCCCCCCCCCUUCCUGCACGAUUCGCGCGGAUUUCCGCAGCGGCAAACAUUCGUUCGAUCGAUUGACCGAUCGGCCAUGGCGGCCAUGGUGGCGUCCACGGCGACCUCCUUCUCCUACCACAAGCCGCGAUUCGCGGUGGAGUGCAGGAAGAAGGACCGGGACCGGGACAGGGACAGGGAGCGGCCGGAGCGGGAGAAGGAGCACAAGUACCCGUUCAAGGUCGUCGAGAUCACGCCGCCGCCGCGGUGCCUCGGCGUCCGCUGCUUCCCCACCAACAUCCACUGCGGGGAGAGCGUGACGAUCGAAGGGCAGGCGUACACGGUGUCUGCGGUGACGCACCGGUACCAGCUGCGCAAGGGGCGCUACGAGCCCAGCGAGAAGCGCCUCGACGUCCUCUCCACCGGCAGAUACCUCCUCAACCUCUACCUCGACGGCCUCCUCGACAAGUCCUGAUCUGAUUAGAUUAUGCAUCUAAUCUACUACUACUCCAGUAUUUACAUGAGCAUACCAGUACAAUUAAUUAAACAUCGAUCAACUUCUUUUUUUUGUCAUGAGAGAUGUGUAUAUAUGUAUCUGUAAGUAAGCACUGGCACUGUAAUCGCCAACACCUGUGUGAUGGACCAAGGAUGGCGUGCUCUGGAUGGAUUCAGAGGCGGAGCAACAGAAAGAGACUAAAUUAGUUUGUUCA